GAUGAAAAUGGCGGUGGGGAGAGAUCAACGCGAGAAUUAAACACACAAACAUGCUGUCAUUUGACUUGGACGACAGCAGCACUGCAGCUCCGGGAGGGAAUAAAGAAAUAGCUUAUCGUCAACACCCGGAGUUUAAUGGAGAAAAACUGCGUCCUGGUUUUAAAAUAGCUACUGAAAUUAGCCCGCUAACCUCGUUAGCUUAGCUAGGCUUCAACUGGAAGGUUUAACGGACACAUAGCACCACAAUAACGGACUUAUUCUGUCAGAAUAAGAUGAACUGCGCUUUUCUCCACUUACCUCUCAAAUGCAAGCUCAGUCGUAGGCGCUGGGCUUGUAGAAAUAUUUGCAUCUGACUGAAUGCAUAACUAAUCGCUCCGUCUGGCAGUAUUAGCCAGCAAACACCAUCCUCCAAGCCUUCUCAAAGUUCAGCGAGCAUCUGUAACUUAAGAGGAGAACGGACUAAACAGGUUGCAUUGAGUGCACAUUUCCUCCUGCCUCCCCUAGUGGGAUGGUUCUGCAUGACAGGGAGGGUAUGGUUCUGUAACCCCCUCUCUGUCCUCCAGUUCCCAUCCCAUAGACCCAGUGGACCACAGCCACAGUGUUCCCUUCAAUGAACAUCCCUCUGGAGCCCUAGAUCAAGUUACAUUGGGUGCCCAUUCUCUGCUGCCUCUCCCCGGUGGGAUGGUUCUGCAUGACAGGGAGGGUGUGGCGCCGUAGCACCCUCUCCUUGAGAUCUCUCCCACCCCGUAAAACCAGUGGACCACAGCCAUAGAGUUCCCCUCAAUGAGCAUCCCUCUGGAGCCCUAGAUCAAGUGUGCAUAUGCUGAAAAUGAGUGCUGCAGGAGAGAAUGCCCUUGACCCCAACACCCAAGAGUCACGGAAGAGGAAGGGCUCUCCAUGUGAUACCUCUGGUCCCAGUGUGGAGAAGCGACGGCGUGAGCUGGAGUGCCGCUACAUUGACGAACUGGCUGAGUUACUGUCGGCCAACAUGAGUGACAUUGCCAGCUUGAACGUGAAGCCGGACAAAUGCCACAUCUUAAAGAGCACCGUGGAGCAGAUCCAGCAGAUCAAACGGCGCGAGCAGGAAAAAGCAGCUCUGAUGUCUCCAGAUGAUGAGGUGCAAAAGACUGACAUAUCGUCCAGCAGUCAGGGCAUGGUGGAGAAGGAAGCCCUUGGGCCACUUCUCUUAGAGGCCCUGGAUGGCUUCUUUUUCGUCGUGAACCGCGAGGGGCGCAUUGUGUUUGUGUCUGAGAACGUCACCGGUUAUCUGGGUUAUACCCAGGAAGAGUUGAUGACCUCCAGCGUCUACAGCAUCCUUCAUGUGGGUGAUCACAACGAGUUUGUGCGCAACCUGCUACCCAAGAGCCUUGUAAACGGUGUGCCAUGGCCUCAGGAGCAAGGCCGAAGGAACAGCCACACGUUUAACUGCAGGUUGCUGAAAAGGCCUCCAGACGAGGUGGACGCAGAGAACCAGGAGGCCCGUCAACAGUAUGAGCUCAUGCAGUGCUUCACAGUCUCUCAGCCUAGAGCGGUGCAGGAGGAGGGCGAGGACCUGAAGAGCUGUUUAAUCUGUAUUGCAUGCCGAAUGCCCCAUCCACCUCAGAUCCCUGUCAGUACAGAGUCCUUCAUCACCAAGCAGGACCCUACAGGGAAAAUCAUCUCCAUCGAGACGAGUGCUCUGAGGGCCACAGGCCGACCAGGAUGGGAGGACCUGGUCAGGAAGUGCAUCUACGCAUUCUUCCAGUCUCAGGGCAAUGAGCCCUCCCAUGCCAAGAAGCUGCUUCACGAGGUGAUGACCCACGGCACGGCCAUCAGUCCUCUGUACCAUUUCACACUCAGUGAUGGGACGUCCCUCAGUGCGCAGACACGCUGCAAAUUCUGCUGCCCCCCAAACCCAGACGUACAGCCCUUCAUCAUGGGCAUUCAUUCUAUAGACAGGGAACACAACACUGCUAGCUCUCAGGAAAACACUACCCCCAGCCUUCCGUCUCCUGCUGCCCUCCCUUCCCGCUCACCUGCCCUGCAGCCCUCCAGUGACCUCAGCCUCCAUCUCAACAACAGCAAUGGCACCUGUGCCACUCCUGGACCCCCCACACCCACUCCACCAGGCUACCUGACGCCCAGCCGCGUUGGACCCUCCCAGCAGGUCAGCAGCCCCUCUCCACUUGGCAGCCCUCUCACAGCCACCCCUACCUCAUUCAUGUCGCCCCGACCUCCACGGGGCAGCCCGGGCCUGGCCAGCAGCCCACGCGUGCCCGGCCAUCCUUUUUCCCCCUCAGCGCCCGGCAUCCACUCGCCCGCUGGCGGACUGACCAGGCAGCAGUCUGGCGGCGACAGUGUCAGUUUCUCUCUCCCCUCUCCCUUACCCUCCAGACAGACUCCAACCCCCAGCAGCUCCCCGGCACGUCAGCCCCUGGCCAAACUGCCGGAAGCGUCCGCUGAUGAGCCUAAGGCCGCUGCAGUGGGCAACCCUAAACUUAACCAGCUCUUGGAUGGUGCCCCCGAACACGACUCCCAACCCCGUCCCGCGCCCGUGGCCCAGUGUCCAGCUUCUCACCGCAGUCUGACUGAGCGGCAUAAGAUUCUGCACCGCCUGCUCCAGGACAGCAGCCCUGCAGAUGCGGGCAAGGAACCUGACAUCAAGAAGAAGCCUCCGACCAGUCCCAACGCAGCCUUGGUAGCACGGGGACAUGGGAAGGAGCCCCAGGACCACCAGCUGCUACGCUUCCUGUUGGAUACGGAUGAACAGGACCUGGAGGACUUGCCUCCUCCGGCUGCCCUCAGCAUCCAUACUGUCAAGGUGAAGUCAGAGAAGAAAGGGAGCAGAGAGAACGUGCCCUGCGCUGCUGCUGCCGCCACCACCACCACCACCGUGUCUACAGUCCCUUGCUUGCCUCAAUCCAGUGACAAGCCCAGCCCGCAGUUUCCCAGUACCGAUCUGGACACUUUGAACCAGCUCUUGCCCACUUUGAGAAGCUCUGUGGGAGGUAAAGCAGUAGAGGAGCCAGUGCUCGUCCAGCCCAGUGAGGACAACCUUUCCAUCGGGUUGAAUGUGAAGAGAGAGUCACCAGGAACAUCAAGCCAAGCAUUCCCUGAUGGAUCAAACCUCUCAAAUCAGUCCUCUUUUGAGUUCUGUGACCCCUCCACACCAAAUCAGGGUCAGGUCCAGGUGCCGGAUCUUGGGCAGACUGAGCCGUUUCAGCCACCCAAGGAGAGCAGCAGCCCCUUUGCCAAUCCAACCAGCCUCAACUCUUUCAACACCAAUACAGGUCUGGCCAAACUGGAGCUUCCUGAGUCUCAGCAGUUCCAGCCCUUGUCCCUGGUUGAACCAAUGACCUUCGAUAGCAGCUUGGGUAACCAGACACAGGCCCCUCUGUCCUCUCCUCAAGAGCAGUGUGUUCCGUGUCCGCUGGAUAAGAUGCUGUGUCCACCCACCACUCCCGAGGGCUGUAACGACGAGAAGGCCCUGCUGGAGCAGCUGGUCACUUUCUUGAGCCGCACUGAUGAGAGUGAGUUGGCCGAGCUGGACAGAGCGUUGGGCAUCGACAAGAUUGUUCAAAGUGGAUGCCUCGAACCUGUCACCCAGACCUUUCCUCAGUCUCAACCUCCAACACCUGUACCCAUGGACCCCAAGCUGCCCAGCUACCCCUCUCAGUUCCCCACCUCACCCUCACAGUUUCCUGCUGAGAUGGGCACUGCACAGGUCAUGAGUUUCGGGGCCCCACGGAUGGCGUUUCCAGGCAACGUGGGCAUGACGGUGCGGCCCGGCUUGAAUCGAGCUCCUGGUGUGCCCAACCAGCUGCGGCUACCUCCCAACCAGCUGAGACUCCAGCUCCAACAACGUUUGCAAGGCCCGCAGCAGCUCCAGAACAGGCUUGCGGCCAUGGGCCAGUUCCCACAAGGGGGGCAUGUUGCCAUGGGGAUGCGUCAGGGCAUGCAGCAGCCUCAGAUGCCCUCUCAGAACUCCACCUCCCAGAGUCCUGUGCUCCAGCAAGCGCAGCCUCCACCUGGUUAUCAGUCACCUGACAUAAAGAACUGGCAGCAAGGGGCCAUGGGCAACAACAGUAUGUAUAACCAGGCAGGCCAGCCUGUCUCUCAGAGCUUUGGGCAGCAAGGCAUGAUCCAGCAAGCAGAUCCAUCCUUCGCUCCUGAGCUUAGUCCGACCAGCCCCCUGCUUUCACCUCAGAACUCCACCUCCCAGAGUCCUGUGCUCCAGCAAGCGCAGCCUCCACCUGGUUAUCAGUCACCUGACAUAAAGAACUGGCAGCAAGGGGCCAUGGGCAACAACAGUAUGUAUAACCAGGCAGGCCAGCCUGUCUCUCAGAGCUUUGGGCAGCAAGGCGUGUAUAACAACAUGAGCAUCACCGUGUCAAUGGCUGGAGGGUCAGGAGCGGUGAGCACUCUACCUCCUAUUGGACCAUCUGUCGGAAUGGGCAACAAUAUCCUUGGCAACGUCACUUCAAUGUGUAACGAUCAGGUACAGCAGGUUCAGGUGUUCGCUGAUGUCCAGUGCACGGUAAACCUGGUGGGCAGUGACUCCUACCUUAACCAGUCGGGGCCCAUCGGGUCCCAGAAGGGCCCGAGCGGGACUCCCACAGCCCAGUCUCAGCAGAAGAGCCUCCUCCAGCAGCUCCUGACUGAGUGAGCCGCCCACCGUCUGUCAGAGGACCAUCUCCACAUGUAGAGAUUUUUAUUCUUCACCUUUGGUUUUUAUACAGUAUAUCUGCAGGGUCGGUGUAUGGGCCCAGGCUUGAGGUUUCAUAGCCAUUCGACAAAGUGCUCAUUCCUGGUCACCUUUUUAAAC